GUAUUACUGCCGACUGCUCUACAUCAACUUGUCUAUCGGUGCUCAAUUAAUAGCGCCAUAAGGUUUUACUGACCUGAAUUAAAGCAUAAAAACUCGAAUGAGUUUCUCAUCCUCAGCAAGUUUCCUUUUCCCUUUACUGUAAGGGCUAGCAGGUAGAUUAUAUGGUGUCGGUGGUUGAAAUUGUUUGGAAGAAGUUAAGGCAUUUUUUUAUUGUUAGUACCACCUUUGCGAUAUUAAAACUAAAAUCAUUUAGAUCUUAUAUCUUUAGUCAUCCAGUUGAACUAUUUAUAUAUUACUAUUAUUUUUACUAAGAAUCAGCACACAAAGAUCGCUGAGUCAGAACAAAUUGCAACAUUUAAUUGAAUUACUUAAUAGCGACGCUACCGUUAGCUUUAUAAAUAGUUGUUCGAUUUUCGGAAGUUUUACAGUCUUUCAUUAGCAUUCAAUAGAGCAAACAAUUGGUGUUCUUUUCCCAAACUAAGUGUUAUUAAUAUAAUGGAACGUUGGCAAAAUCGUGUUGCAGUCGUUACCGGCGCCAGCUCCGGCAUAGGUUCAGUCACCGUUAAGGAACUGCUGAAAGCCAAUUUGAUUGUUGUCGGUCUGGCGCGUCGCUUGGAGCGCUUGGAAGAACUGAAGGCACAAUUACCCGCUGAACAACAAAAACACUUUCACGCCGUCGCUUGUGAUGUUUCAUCACACGAAUCCGUUGAUACAGCUUUCGAUUGGAUCAUCAAGGAGUUGGGAGGCGUUGAUAUCCUUAUCAAUAAUGCGGGUACUUACGCCGCUGGCCAGGCAAGCACUCAGGAUCCGAUGAAAUUGCAGAAAGUUUUACAAACCAACGUAAUGGGCGUGGUGUAUUGCACACAGCGUGCCUUCGAAUCGAUGAAAGGUCGUAAUUUUGAUGGUCAUGUUGUAGUUAUUAACAGUUUGAUGGGCCAUAGGAUACCAACUAUGUACGGUGAUCAGCCACCGGUGUAUUCUAUCUAUCCGUCAUCUAAGUAUGCAGUGACCGCCUUAACGGAGGUAUUGCGCCAGGAGUUUAAAGGAUUGGGCACCAAAAUUAAGAUUACUUGUGUUAGCCCCGGUGUAACUGAUACGGAACUUGUGCCAGAACAAUAUAAAAACUCCGGGAUACCAAUGCUGAAAGCAGAAGAUAUUUCGAGCUGCAUUUUGUUUACACUCUCCACACCACCACAUAUGCAGGUGCACGACAUCAUUGUGUCAGCAUAAAUACCAAAUAAUAUAUAUAUUUUUAGAGGUUUACAUAAUUUGUAUUUCGCUAAGACGUUCUACCUAAUGCUUAUGAUAUAACAGUAUUAUAUAAUAAUAAACAUAUAAUAGUAGCGUAAUCAUAAAUUAUUUAAAUGCUCUCUCUGAAAUACAUUGUGACAAAAAAAUACCCGGAAAUUGUAAAUAAAAUGCAAAAUAUUUAAUUAUUUACCAA